CUCCUCCCUCUCCCCUCCGCGCCAAACUCUCUCUCUCUCUCUCUCUGUCGCUUGCGGCGACCCUAGAGAAGUAGAAGAAAAAGCGGGCGGGCAAACCCUAACUCUAAACCUAGAGGUAUUGUCGAUCGAGGGCGUGGCUUGGAUCCCCCCUUCCAGGUCCUCCGAGCCGGUGAGCUGUGGCGAUCGGAGGAUUUGGCGGGCGAGAUCCGAAACGUAGCAACCGCCUUGACUGGCGGCGGAUUCCGAUGAGGGCGGCGGUCUUCGCGGCGGCGGGUGACGGUUUAGCUCUGACCCGAUCGAGCUGACGUGUUCGGAAUUUCAGGUGUCGCGGUUUGAUCUCGGGCAACCUUACCUCGGUCAUUUGGAUUUUUAUUUUCAUUUUUUUAGGUUAAGGGAGUUUAUUAAGGAUUUGGACGCUCAUCGUUCGUUCGUUUCUACCUGGCUCUCCCCUUGGUGUUUUGGAGGGGUAGCUGGAUAUUGGGAUUGUGAUUUUGUUUUAGAGCAUUGGUGUGAUGAUCGUGAAAAAAUAUACAUCUUCUUACUGUAAAUAUUAUUGUUGUUAGGGAAUUCUUGAGAUUUUUUUUUUUCUUUUGGAUUUCUUUUGUUUUUUCGAUAUACAUAAGGAUGGGAGCCAACUGUUGUGUGGCUGCAAGGGACAAGCCAUUGCCCGACAGAGCACAGUUUGAAGUUUCUACUUAUAGGAAUGUCAGACACUCACCUUCAUGGAGUUUUCGAUGGGAUAAUCGAACACACAUAGAGGAUAUCAUGGACAACCUGGUCCACAUUUCUACUCACAAUAGUGGGAAUACAGGUUCUGAAAUUAAGAGUGGGGCAACAACAGAAACUGAAGGCCUUUCAGAUGGAGGAAGUCAGCAAAAUCCUUUUCAGACACAAAAGUGGAAUAUAUCCUCUACAAACAUUGGAACUGAUGGCAACUCUAAACCUACUGCUGAUCAUUUUGUUCCAAGCAAUUCAUUUCCUGAGGAAAGGAACUCCAUUGAGUCAACAAGCAAAGCAAGUGCUUCAGAUGGCAAGCCUUCAAUUUCAGGUCCAAUAACUCCAUUGGCAUUCAAAUCAGAUCCUUCAUCCUCUAGAAGUCGCUCUCUAUCCUCAGACCCAACUUCAAGGAAAGCACAUUGUUCGCCAGGAUACCAACUCUCUAGGCAGGUCUCUGAUAGCAGGAUUCCAUCUCUCAAGUCCACGAAUGAGAAUAGCUCUCCUGAAGAAAGGCAGUCCUCUGUGCUCUCUAUCUGCAGCAAUGACUUGUUCACAGGAGGUUCUCAUGGUGGGUCUUCUGAUGGUUGGUCCAUGCGUACAUUCUCUGAGCUGGUGGCUUCUUCUCAGCGUGAGAGAUGGUCAAUCGACAGUGAAAACCUUAGCUCCAGCAACAGCAAAAUAGCAAGAUCAAACUCUCAACAGACAACAUCUCUCUCUCCUGAUCGGCAUACAUGCAUGGUAUGCUCAAAGCAAUUAAAGGAGAGAUCUCCAUGGAGUACUCAGAAAAUAAUGUCUACCAAUGAGCUAUCUGUUGUUGCAGUUCUGGUUUGUGGGCAUGUUUAUCAUAUUGAUUGCUUGGAAAACAUGACACCUGAAGCUGAAAGAUAUGAUCCACCCUGUCCUGUCUGCACCCAUGGAGAGAAAUCUAUUGCAAAGCUGUUGGGAAAAGCCGAGUUGAAGGGAAGGAACAAGUUCUCCAGGACUGCAACGGCUGAUGUUGCUGUGGACAGCGAUUCUCUCUCUGAGAACCAGAAAAGGAGUGGGAAAAGCCUAAGAAUAGGAGCCAUUUCUAGCAUGAAGAGCUCAUUUGGUAGGCCUUUCUUGAGGCGCCACUUCUCUAUUGGGUCACGACUGACACAUUCGGGAUCAGAUAAUGAGUCCACAAGGAAGAAGGGAUUCUGGGCAAGGUACCUGAAGGAUUGAACUAGCCCUUUCUCUCCUAUAUGAAGGUAAAGAGAGUACCUCUGUUAUUUCUCCAUGAAAUGUAAAGCAUCUGAAUUGUUCCCGAGCAAGCAUGUGUUUCUGUAGUGAAAACAAAGGAUGAUGGAGAUAGCUGAACUAUCGAGCUUCCCCAUGGCCUUACCAUUCUGGAAACCCCAGAGCACUCGGCAUGCUCUCGGAUGCAGAAUAAACUUCCCUUUUGAAUGGAUACUCAUUGCACGUUUAGUCUAUACUUAGAUGGUUCACUUAACAGAAAUGUAGCUGGUAAGCUUUGAGGUCUUGGAUUUAAAUCCUUUAAUCCAUGCAACUUUUUUCAUUCUUCUUGCUGUAUCUGUCGGUAAGCCCUGUAGAUUAAUUUUUAUUAUUUCUUCUGCACUUCUUUACUUUGGAAAAAAUAGUAUAAAAGCUACUGCAAAUAGUCCGAAAUUAAUGUGCAUGGAACCUAUGUUGAUGCAA